UUUGAUUCGGUCCCUUACAAGCUGUUUUGUGGCUGAACUGGUCUAGUAUACAAGAUGAGAGGAGACACACACACAGAGUUGGAGCAACUCCUGUUUCUUAAAUCUAUACAGCAGUGAGCUUUUUUGAACAGACGAGGAAGACAGUUUUAAAGGAUUACGUGUAAUACAUCUGCUCUCUGAAUGAAAAUUAACCUUGAAGAGGACGAGGCUGUACAAGACACUGUAAGCUGCAAGAUCCUUUUACAAGGAACGGAAAAGUACACAUACAAGUGUAGUCCUGUAAACAGAAGAACCAGACUAAAAGAUUAUGGAUCUUGAUGUUCUAAACACAAGGGAGCCAACAAUAAAUGCUUCAGGAUAAAACCUAAUUUUCUAAACUAUUUGAUCAAUCAGGGUGAAUUAUUUCAUUAAAUAUGAUGUCCAACUUGCACCCAACAAGCUCUUUUCCCCGACUCAAGAGGACAAAGAAAUUGAUCUUGCUACUCUUUGUUUUCUGUUAUUCUGCAUGUGUUGGAAGCAGUAUUCCAGGUUCAGACAACAACCCUCAUUUUAUCUGCACCCCCAUCCCUGCUGAUACUGAUCCUGGGUGUUUUCCCACAGUGGGUGCCACAAGUGGCCCCACGAAUGGACACCACAGUGGACCAAACGGGAACAGCGGGUACGGUAUGUCUGAGGAGGCAAAAGCCACGAUCCUACACCUGCGGGAGAGUUUGGUUCAACAGAAAGAAACCAUCCUGGACAUGAGGGAGACUAUCAGAGAGCUCACUGCCAAACUGAACCUGUGCGAGGGCUUAAGUCGUAGCGUGGCCAACCACGACGACCACCCACAUCGCACAUCUGCACACAUGGCCCACCACGCUUACCCGCCAACCCCUGAUAAGGCUCAUCUCGGGUGGAUGGGGCCUGAUGGUCACCAUGCCAACCACAGACUUGACCUGGGUCAUUAUGUCGAUAGUGGCGCAAGACAUCACCGUGGGAAGGCUGUGUUGAGCGAGAAGCACGUUGGGGGUGUUGAGAUGACCCUUUCACCAUCAUCCACGCCAGAGCAGAUCAACAGGAUGCUUCAGACCCUGAAAGAACGGCUGGAGAAUUUGCAGACACAAAAUACCUCCACCACCUACUUUAGUUCACUGAAGGAACUCUUGCAGAGGAAGAUCAGCGCUCUUGAACAACAGAUACAACACCAUCCUGCUUCACUAACCAGUCACAGUGAUGAUGAUGAUGAUGGUGAUGAUGAUGAGAGCCACCAUGACCAUGAUCAUGAUGACACCCAUCAUGAGGACCACCAUGAUAAUGAUCACCAUGAUGAUGAUCAUCAUGACGAUGAUCACCAUGACGUUGAUCACCAUGACGAUGAUCACCAUGACGAUGAUCACCAUGACGAUAGCCAUGAAGACAGCCACCAUGAUGACAGCAGUCAAGACAACGACCACUAUGACAAUAAGGUUCCUGAAUAUGGCUUUGGAAGGUCAUCUUAUCACUCACGAGGACACAGGGGAGCAUUGAAUGGAGUGCACAGCAAGUUGGACGCAGUUCUAAAUCAUCUGCAGCACAGACUUGCUGACACAGGCUCUAGAAAGAACAGCAAAGUCAAUGAAGCUUUCCAGAUUGGAUUCCCCAUGCAAACAAACUACAUGUACGGUCGUGUAAAGCGCACUCUGCUGCACGAGAUCUUCUCAUUCACUUUAUGUCUGUGGAUCAAGGCCGGUGUCGGGCCUGGACUCGGGACACCGUUCUCCUACUCGGUUCCUGGUCAAGCCAAUGAGCUGGUUCUUAUUGAAUGGGGUAGCAACCAAAUGGAGCUGCUGGUUGAUGACAGAGCUGUCAAUUUACCCCUCUCUCUGAGUGAUGGUAAAUGGCACCAUGUCUGUGUGGCGUGGUCAACACGGGAUGGCCUGUGGGAGGCUUACCAGGAUGGUGUAAAGAGAGGCUCAGGUGAAAAUCUCUCUCCCUGGCAUCCCAUCAAACCUGGAGGAGUCUUCAUACUGGGGCAAGAACAGGACACACUGGGAGGCCGUUUUGAUGCCACGCAGGCAUUUGUUGGUGAAAUCUCAGAUGUGCAGAUGUGGUCUCAUGUUCUCACACCGCAUGAUGUCUACAGCUUGGCUUCAUGUGGUGGUCAUAUCACUGGUGACAUCAUCGCCUGGUCAGAGUCAAUAGUGGAGCUGCAUGGAGGGGUCACUAAAUAUCCAUUUGACCCCUGUCACUGAAGAGUGUAUAAUUCUUCUGAAUGGCAAAAUGUAAAAUCACAGUUCAUUUUGAAACACUUCAAUGACUUAAAACCUGGUUUUAAUGCAAAGCUCCCAAAACACUGCCUUUUGUUUACAUAAUAAAACUUAAAUGACCCCACAACCUUUACAAUUUCAACAUGUAGUUUUGUGCUGUUAUCAUGUUUUUUAUAUAGCUCAUUUCUUUCUUACUGAACUUUUUUCUUAUUUUAUUCUACUACUUACACUUACACUUUGUCAUUCAUUUUUUGAUGCAAGAACAUAUUGUCAUAGCUUGAAUAGAAAAGCAUAGAAUGUGUUGAUGCUGACCAGAGGUUAAAUUGAGACUAGAAAAGAGUAACCAGUUUAUAAAGGAUUCAAUAUCUUGCACUGUAAGAAGAAUCUAUAAAAGAUGCAGCGAUACCAAAGAGAUGAGUUAAAAAGAGCAAACAAGUUUGCUAUAUUUACUAUUUUUGUGAGUUUUUUUUUUCAUUUUAAUUGAAGUACAGUUUGACAGUAAUUCAUAUGAUAAAACCAACUUAAGUAGGCAUAUCUGGACAUUUGUAAUAUAUUCUGUUAAACAUUUUGAGUAUUUUGGAUUUUAGAUAGGUGUUCUGUAAUAAUUUGCAAUAAUUGAAUCAAUCUAUUUGCUGAGGCACCUGAAAAAAGUGUAAUUGAUUCAAAAGACUUGAUUUCAAUUGUAAUUUUUGUGUUUUAAACUAUUACUAUUUAUUUACUGUUUUCAUUUGUUUACUAAUUUGAAAACAGAAACUAAACUUUACAAUUAAACAAACUUGCUGUUCAAAUCUGAAGCCCCACAUCACCGGACUCUCUGAAAAAUAAGGUACGUGUUAAAAAUGUGUCCUAAUACGUACCAUUUUGGCAAAGAUAUGUACCUUUGAGGUACCAUACCAAUGUGUACCUUUUAAUCGUGUGCUUUUUUAAAAGGUAUUUGAUUUAAUCAUUGCAUAAAUAAAAUGAGUUGUGCAGUAUUGACUAUCAAAGCCUCUCAGAUAAAUAGCAGCUCUGUCUUUGGUUGGUCCUGUUGCUAUUAUUAGAUCAUAAGCCACUUAAUCAGAUCCAGUGUUCAAAAGGUCCUAGCUGUAAAUUCCAGUUGCUAAACUUGUUUUGUUUUCCAGACAACAGUUGUACAUGACAUUCCUAUUUGUCUUUACACCAACACCUGUUAUGAAAAGGCUAUACAGACUGUCACUGUAAUAGAUAAGUAAAUCAUCAUGUCGGGUCCUUAUCAUGUCUGAGAUUAUUUCUGCGAUAAAAACCGGCUGCCUGUACAUAAUAAGCCUGCUUUUUACACUGCUAUUUACCACAUAAGGAAAGUAAGGAACAUUAAAGGCGGAGUCCACGAUGUUUGAAAAACGCGUUGGAAAAGGAGACGGGCCGACUACCAAAACACACUUAUAGCCAAUAAAAUCAAAUCAAAUGCCGGGUUGCGUAUGUGUAGGGCGGGUCUAUCAACAGAAGGUCCAGAUUCUAUUGGGGUAGGGGCGUGUUUGUUUAGGUGAUUUCAAAUAUCAACAUUGGCUUUCAAACAUCAUGGACUCCGCCUUUAAAUAUUGAUGUUUAACAAAUGCAGACAUUUCAUGAGUAAAACCCAUUUACUUUCGGUUUUAGAAUAAGUAUUUAGUAAAUAUAGUGUUAUGUUAUUAAAAGCAUAAAAAAAGAUACAUUUUUAAAUGCAUUAGUUUUUUAUGCUUACUGGCCCAGGCCCAAAUCUCUAUAAUAUUCUGAUUCCAUUGCAUCCCAAGGACCAUAUGUUAAUCUAUGGGAUUUAUUUUUGUUUUAUUUUAUGCCAGGCAAACUUUAAUUGUGUAAAUGAGUUUAGGUUUGUUCAAAUCCCUCUAAGUGUGAGCAAUAAUAAUAUUGACAUUUUCCCAAAAAGAUGAAUAAAUGAUAAAAAAAAAACACAAACAAUAAAAAAGUUUUUUGUACUUCUGUUUAUUAGAGUUGACUGGCAACAGUGUACCAUAAUUGAGUUUUUGAUUUGCUACAUGAAGAAUCUUUCAACAAUCUGUGGCCCACCUAAAGACAGACACUUGAAAACACUGAGGAGAGACAUAAAGAAAUGCUUUCA